ACAUGGGGGAAGGAAAAGAAAUGUUCGUCAUCAUUUCCAAAUUUCUCCUGUCACUUGCUUCUUCUAGGAAUUAGGGUCGAAUUCUUUGCGAGUCUCAUCGAAUUCGUCCUGUUUCCGUUUGAUUUCAAUUCUCAGCAACAGAUUUAUGAUUUUAUUGAUUUAAGCUGUUGGAAUUGGUGCGCCUUAAUUUGGCUAGGCUAGGGCUUGUUGCUCCCGGAUCUGCGGGAAUUCAAUGGCGGAUCAGGAGGAGGAGGACCUCCGGACAGCUCUACGGAUGAGCAUGCAGCAGCUCUCUCCGCCGGAACCCAAACGUAGCAAGCCUAGGGAUUCCCCAGUCGGAGCUCCGACUUUCUCAUCGGAGGAGUCAUCGGAAGUGAAGACCCGGAUGAUGCAGCGGGAGCUUAUGGCUGCUGCUGCUGAGAAGCGAAUGUUGGCCUCUAAAAGCUAUUCCGAAGCAGUUGGCUCUGCAUCGAAGUCGGUGAAGAAAGAGAAGGAGUUCGGUGUGAAGGACGUGAAUUUGGGGAAAAAAAUGUUGGAAAGUGAAGCGAACCAGUUGUUUUCAAUGGUGUUCGGGGACAAGGUUUCCAAAGAAAUACUUGCGCAAUGGAGCAAUCAGGGCAUAAGGUUUAGCCCCGAUCCAGAAACGUCAAUGGGCUUAGUGCAGCAUGAAGGUGGCCCUUGUGGCGUCUUAGCGACUAUUCAAGCGUUUGUUCUGAAGAACAUUCUUUUCUUUCCCCACGAAUUUGGUAAAAUUGCAUCAAAUUUGGCACAGAAUUCAGGUUCAAGUAGAUUGUCUAAAAGUGAAUGUGUUGCAUCAAAUAAUUUUGCUGCUCUUACUGAAGAUGUGAAAAGAAGGGCUUUGAUCAGAAGCAUGGGUGAGAUAUUGUUUCUAUGUGGAGCUAAUAGAAAUGCUGUAAUAGCAACUUUAAGUGUGCCCCAAAACAGUGCUGAAGGACUUGGAUACAGUCCAGGAAACGAGAUAAUGUCAAAUGCAUUUGAAGGUCUUUCAAUUGAAUCAGGCUCGGAUUUGCAGAAAGUGCUGAGAGUCACCACGUGCACAUCACAGGAAAGUGCAUUUCAGAGUCUUGAUGCAGCUCUUCCUGUCUUCCAGAGUCGUAUGGGCGCCCUGCUAUUCCUGAUUUCUGCUUUACUUUCGCGAGGACUGGAUAUGGUACAAGCGGACAGGGAUGAUCCAAGCCUCCCUCUUGUCACUGCUCCAUUUGGACAUGCCUCACAGGAGAUUGUGAACCUACUGCUCUGUGGACAAGCCGUUCCUAAUGUGUUUGAUGGAAGGAUGGACUUAGGUGGUGGGAUGUUCCUAAAAGGUAUAUCUAAAAGCGUGGAAGUUGGGUUCCUCACACUUUUGGAAUCUCUCAAUUUCUGUAAAGUUGGCCAAUUUCUUAAAUGCCCAAAAUGGCCCAUAUGGGUGGUUGGGAGUGAGUCACACUACACGGUUCUUUUUGCUCUCGACACCUCGGUACAGGAUGAGAAUGAACUGGAAGAAAGGGAGUCACAAAUACGAAAAGCAUUUGACGCCCAAGACCAGAGUGGAGGUGGUGGUUUCAUCAGUGUAGAAGGAUUUCAUCUAGUUCUCAGGGAAACCAAUAUCAAACUUCAACCUGAGAAAGUUGAUCAUCUUUGCAGUACAGGAUUUAUAGUGUGGAGUGAAUUCUGGCAGGUAAUUCUGGACUUGGACAAAAACUUCGGAGGCCUGAAGGAUUCGACAGGAUUGAUGGGUAAAAAAGUGUUUGAUCUUUACCAUUUUAAUGGGAUUGCCAAGUCCGAUUUGAACGGAAACCAAUUUGGAUGUGGAGGUGAGACUGCAAUACAAAGACCUCGGCUCACCAAAUUGAGGGUUUCGGUUCCACCAAGGUGGACUCCAGAGGAAUUCAUGGCAGAUGUAGCUGUUUCAUCUGCCUCGGGAGGAAACGAGUCUUCUGGUAAAGAUGUCGAGGUUUCUAAACCAGAACCAUCUCAACAUGCCCCGCUGGUUGAUUGCAUCCGAACACGCUGGGCUCGAGCCAUUUGUAGGUGGGCUGGUGAUCCCCCUAGUAUAGUAUAGUAUGAUUUGUUUUCUUUGCUUUCCUUUGUGCACAAUGCAUGAAUGAUACCGAAAAAAGACGGAGGUUGUGAUUUGAAAGGCACACAGAUAGGGGCAUAAAAUGUAUUACUUGUACUUUCAGGGUGUAUGUGCACGAGUUUCUGUGUAAUGUUGUAGCUUUAACAUUAAAUUCGAAUUUUUGAGGUGUUGGAUUGUAUUAUUUGAACAAAGGCUUAUCUGGAAUUUGUUUCUGGUAUGAUAAUUAAAAUUUCUUCCUUUGUGCUUUGGCUA